CGGAUCCUGUUUCCGCGCCAUCUUCUCCUACUCCUUCCCCUCCUCCUUCAUUCCCGUCUUCGCUUAUCCUCUCCCACCUCCUGCUGGUGCACUCUCCUAUAAAGCUGUUUGCUUUGUUCUUGUUGCUGCUGCUGCUGCGGGUGCAGCUGACUGUAAUCUCGCUCCUGCUGCGUCGAUCAAGGGCUCUCAUUGACCCACGUGUCGGUCUCUGAAGGAGAUGGAAGAGAAGCCUCCUCGCCGCAAUACUCUGUCAAGGGAGAACUCCUACUCUCUGCCCAGGUUUGAGCCUUCUUUAUCUCUGUCGGUUCAGGGAUCGAGUCCUGGUGGCAGCGACAGGGAAGAUCUUCAUCUCGAUAACGCGGCGUUAGGUCAACCAGGUGGCGGCUCCAGAAGCGGUGCUGAGCUGGUUGUGCCAGGUGUCAAGCGGAGGGGUAGGGGACGGCCGCGGCUGGCUGAAGAUGUUCGAGAGAAACACGCUGCAUCUCGAGCAGAUCUUCAGAAGAGAUUACAUAAGAUUAGGAGGGAGAAAAUGGCCACGCUGUGCAGAAGUAUAAGCACUCAUUAUAAACUCAAAGAGAGUCUCUCGCAGUUCGAAAUUGUGGCCGAAUUUGUGCGUCGUCACGGGUGGAUCGUGGAUGGGAACGGAUCAGCGACGCCGCCGGUCAGCGUGGGGAGUAACGAUAGGUUGGAAGGAGGAUUGAGAUUCGGUGGGAUGUCGGGAUCGGGAUGUGUACAGGUGGGCCGAGGAGGACGUGGAGGGGCGGAUAAUAUGGGGGACGACAGAGACAGCCUGUCGCAGGGCUCCAGCGAUCGGAACGAGUCGGCAUCCGCUUCCGAUCCCGACGUGGCAGGUGCAGUCUAUGCGCUGGCCAAUGGAACCCGAGGGAGCAGGAAGGUCCCCUUCGGGGGAGUUGGGAUGGGCGUGGAGUCCAGGUUGCGCGCGUUCGGAGGCGAGGAAAGCUCCGCCGGUGGCGGCGGCGGCGGUGGAGGAAGCAGGAAGCUGUUUAGAAUAUCCUAGAAUCUUUUCUGGCGGGAAGGGGACAGACAGACAUACAGGAGGGACAGAUUACCGAAAGGGGAAAGCUUAUAUAAAUAUAUAUAUCGUCACAAACAGAAAUAUAUAUAUAUAUAUAUAUACGCAUCGAAGCUGCGGCGAC